CUACCUCCGUGUGCCUUUGCCCAAAAAAGGUUGGGAAACACUGGGAUAGGGGUUACUUUGUGGAAGAAUGAGAAUGUUAAUAUUAGAACUCAAAUUUGAGUCUUUGGAAGCAUUUGGUGGAGUACAAGGGCUGAAGAAGGCAUGAUGACUGCUUGGAGACGGUGUUUUGUGAGAAUUGUGUGGUGAGGACAGGACGUUGUGGGAGCAGAUCUGCAGUGCUGUGUGCACUUCAUAGUGUGUGCAUGGAGAAUGAGGUGACUCUAACAUGCUGAGGGACUUUACAUGUACAGGAGAAGGCAUUUUGGAGGGAGAAAUGAGGCAUGUGCUACACUUGUGUGGAACUUAAAUGGGUUGGGCAAAAGUAGGCUUUGUUUCACCUGGGUCAAAGACCCAGUUUGGCACCCUACAUACACAUUUGCAUACACACUACACAGGCUGGGAGCCUUAAUACACCCCUCUGAAGGCUUCACCCAGGCAAAAAACAUGCCCCCUGCUACCGCUCUGGGUUGGGAGAGGAAAUUGACAAUUUAUGGAGGCCAGGUGAACCUGAGGAUGUGGAUGCUAGCUGUAGAGGGAAUGAAAAGGAACAUCCUGUAAGGUCUUCUGUGGGUUUGAUAGGUAUGCCAUUUCAACUGGAAAUUUUUGGGUGGGGAAGAGACUGGUUGACUGCUGUGGUUGCAAUAGGGCCUGUUUGCAGAAAUGAGUGGAUUGCUGACUCAAUGGGGACAACGUGUGUGUCUGGAUAGGUCUGUUAAUAGUGGAGCAAGAAUUUGUGGUCAGGAUAGUGUGUGGCUGUGUGAUGCUGGGGUGAAUUUUGUGUGUGUGUGUGUGUGUAAGUGAGAGAGAGACCUGCGGGUAUAGGGUGAUAUAUAAAUUUAAUAAAUAAUAACAAUAUAUAAUACACCAAUCCAUUAAGUGUGAGGAUCUGGUAAGGGUGUCAGCUGUAAGGAUGAAUGGGGUGUGGGUGAGACAGUGUGUAAUUUGUUGUGGGGGAUGGAAAGAAAAAAUAGGGGAAAGGCUGGUGAAAUGUCAUUGCAUGCCGUGAACGAGAGGAGCCUGCGCUUGGAUUGGUAACAGAUUCUUUUUCAAACCAGUGAUCUGAGGGUGAGAGAACUGGGCGUGGAUACUCCGGUUAAGGGAGUAAAUAGCCUCUGGGUGUAGGUUUGUAGGGAUGCUAACCAGAAGCAGGGCGGAGUCCAGUCUUCUGGGUGAAGCUCGGACGAGGUGGGGGCAGCCUCUCGAUGCAUCCGUGGCUUUGCAUCUGACGAAGCUUAAGCUUUCUUCCUCGAAAAACUGGUGCCGCGGUAAAUGCGUUGCCAGGUUUUCUCGGGUGUGUGCGUGCGCGCGCGUGUUCCUUCCACAUUCUUUGUAGGGUUCUCCCCACCCCACCCCCCGCCGUUUAAAAACAAAAGUGGAAAGUGGGUCGUCGGGCCAGGGCGUAAGAGCGGCUGCUGCUGCUCCUUGCAGCAGAACUACGUCUCGAUCGUCACCACCACCACCACCAGUGCCGCGGCGGCGGCGGCUCCAGGAAGCUCCUGAGGACAUGCGAGAAGGGAGGGAGGCGACGAGUGGGAGCGAGGGAGGCGGGCCGUGGCGCAGAGCAGGGUUGUGGCAGGCUGUGCGCGCGCGCCCGCGCCUCUCCCUCCCGCUCUCUGGCCGAGUUUGUAAACACAACCCUCGCGCUGAGGUGGGCGGAGCGCGACCGCCCUGCCGCUCCGGAUUGGCCUCGAAUCCUCGGCGAAUGUUUUUACAGUGGCGACUGGGCGGGCGCCUAGCCCUGUGUUUGGAGAAGCGGUCAGAGCGCGGCAGUGCCCUCCUGGCUGGCUGUGUUUUGUGCGUGCGGCGGGAGCAGCUGCAGCGGCGGAGAGCUUUUUCUCCCGGCGCGCGCGCAGCGUGUGUAUAUGUUUGUGCGCGUCGCCCUCUUCGCCUCUGCCUUCGCGGAGGAGGAGCGGGGUCAGCCUAGGGGAAGUUUCGGGUUUGCCUCGGGAUGACUCAGACGCCAUAAAGCGGGGAGAACACAAAUAAAAGGCCCAAUGGCAAAACAAUCUUCUGAUUUAACUUCUGAGUGCGGUAGAGAGGGUGGACAAUUGCAGCCUGCUGAAAGGCCAGCUCAGCAUCUUCGGCCUGGGGCCCCUACCUCCUUACAAACUGUGUACCAAGGUAAUCAUUCGGGCGAGCGGGACACUUCAUCACCCAGUAGCCCUCAGGGACCACUGGCACCACCCUCCAGCCCCAGUCCGUUUGCUACCAGAUCCCCGUUGUUCAUAUUUGUAAGAAGAUCCCCACUGCUGUCCAGAUCCUCCAGUGGGUAUUUCUCUUUUGACACCGACAGGAGUCCUGCACCUAUGAGUUGCGACAAGGCCACACAGACUCCGAGUCCCCCGUGUCAAGCCUUCAGUCAUUAUCUAAGCGCAAUGGGUAAGCUAGACCAUGCUUACAGAUGGCAGUCACGGUCAAUCCCUGAAGAUAUACGGCCAGAAAUAUGGAUUGCACGGGAAUUACAGCGCAUUGGAGAUGAAUUUAAUGCUUCCUACAGUCCGAGAAGGGGUUUCUUGGAUUACCAAGCAGUAAACCACCAGAUCAUAAUUUUGCGCCUGUUGCAUUACAUCGUCCGCCUCAUAUGGAGAAUGCAGUGACUAAUGCGAUAAGAAGCAGCUUGGGAUUGUUUACUCGUUUCCAGCGACAGCAACCUUGAACGCAAUGUCUUUGGUCUCUGGGUGCAGGUAACAGGCCUUUCUUGACCUCGGAUACAUCCAGCAAAUGAAAAGGAGCAGAAGGACUCCAUAUCAGGCGGUUUGGACCUCUUUGUGGUUUCUUUUGAGGAAAGCAAGUUUUUUAAAUGGAUAUUUGGAAAUGGACCACCUUUUUAAGAAACAGGAUUUCAUCUGAAAGUAGAGCUAACUUUGUUUUGUUGAAAGUUCUUUUUAAAAAAAGAAAGAAAAGAACCUUGCUUAUAUUGCAGCUUUCAAGAAAAUCAUUGAAUCCUGUUCUCAUUUGAAAACUUGUGGGUUGCUAUUAUACCUUGCAACAGAAUUGUUUGAGCCAGCUCCUUUGUAAAGCUGUCUUAGUUUUUAUAUUACAUACUUCCUGUUCAAAAUCUUUCCAAGCAGUGAGAAGACAGACUGGUAAUUUCUGUGCUACCUAAAAUUCACCUAUCCUUGUACAUUAUUCACAGAAGAAGUUUGGGGUGGGGGGUGGGGAGUACAUCCAUCUGCUGUUUAAGCACCAUUUUUAAUCUUCUGUUGGGUGAAGCAGUUGCAUCUUGCAGCCCAGAAGGAGAACUCUUGAAUUUGCUUUGGAAGUUGAAAUUAAACUGUGAAAGUUUUAAUGUUCCAAAUAAUGUCACCAGGUUGCCUUUUACAAUUUUCUUCCUUUAUAAUUUGUAUAGAUAAGUGUGUAUUCUAUGACAUAUACUGAAGGUGGGCGGGAGGGGGGGAAUGUAGCAAUAAGUCAUUGUAUGUGGGUGAAAGCAGUUCCUAUGCCUGUGCAAUAUUGCCCAAAGUUGUUAGCAACAGGGUCCUACUGCAUAAUUUCAGGCACUGUUUUGAUCCUCACUUUGGUAUAUUUCUCUUUGUUUUUUUAAAUCCAGUCUUUGCGUUUUGUUUAUUUUUUUAAGCACUCUGGAUUUUGUUAAUUGCUGCCUUUGUUUUUAAAUAAUAUGAGAGAUGACCGAGCAACCAUAAUGUGGAAUGUAAAAGGACUACUGACUCGCUGCCUGGGUUUGAGGUCAACAGCAGCACAGUAUUCAGAGGGUGAAAACUCCCAACAAAAGAUAGAGCAGGAACAAAUUUUAUUCCAGAAAAAAAAGACCUUUUAACAAGUGGCACCUAUUCCACCUCCCUUUCCUAAGGUGCCUAUAGGUGAUUGGCUGCAUUUAUCUAAUAUGAGUUUGCUACUUUGCUACUUCCUUAAUCAGGGCUACUUGUAAUGUGAUAAAAACAGAAAGCUGAAUCAAGGGAAACCUGCUGCAAACAGCUGAAUUGUGCAACAUAUUAAAUUGUGCAGGUUGUUUCUGUAAGCCAUAAAAGGGAGAGGUAAGGAUUGAUAAUUCCCAAACUGUGUAGGGUGGGGGCACAGUGGUAUGCCAUAGCAAAGGACUGAAAUGCGUCCGGAAAACUUAAGUCACUAUGCUGGACUGGGGAGAGUCCUGCGCAUCUUUAAUUCCCUCCUCUGUCCCUUUUACCCAAUUUAUCUGUCAGUUUGGGGGAAGGACUUGCUAGAUUCCUUGACUCGGGUAUGCUAUGGGCUGCCAGGUACAGGAGAAUCCCAGAAAGUAUAGGAAGCUGCUUUAUACCACUGAGCCAACUAGCUCAGUAUUGUCAUUCUGACUGACAAGUGUGUAAGGAGUCCUUCUCAUCCUUACCUGUAGAUACUGGGGGUUGAACCUGGGAUCUCCUGCACACAGUCUUUCCCUAGCUGACUCCUGACAGGCAGAAGAAGGGGAAAUGUACAGUGGCAGUAAGACCCUCUUAACUGCGUCAUUCUGUAGCUGCCGAUUAUUGUGGGAGCAGACUGAGAAAACAGGUGUAUGGUAAAGCCCCCAAUCUUAAUCCUAGAAAACACUGUGUCCCAUGUAAUAAAGGUUUGGGAAAUGCUGGGCAGAGCCCUGAAGACUCCCCGUGGUCCCUUGCAUUCAGAUAUUACAUCAGAUUUUGGAAGGAGUCUUUCAGACUUAGAUUUGCAGUUGAAAAGAUUAAUAAAUUGCUUUUAAAAAGAGCUGAAAUUCUCAGGAUACUGAAUUCUGUACCCUAUACCAAAUUGGUAAAGAACCACAGUAUGCACACAAUCCCAAACUUAAAUAAAAAUGUGCCAUUAAAAAAAAAAUCAAGUAAAAUUCCACUAUACCAGAUGGCAGACAGUAUUGGCACAGAUCCCGACUUCCUUUUUUAAAAAAAGAAACAUUUUGCUUCUGUAAUAUCCUUCAUCAUGCUUCCUGAUGCUAUCCCUAUAUCUCAGAAGUAAGUUCCACGUGAGUUCAAUGAGGCUUAUUCCUACGUGCGUAGAUUAAAGGAUUGCAACCUGAAUUGCUUCAGUUUUGGGACAUUGUUCAUUUCAUUUUCCUCCUAUAAAAUCAAAGCGGUUUAACAUGUGCUGUACCAUGUUAUGGUAAACUGGUUCAUAUGUGGAUUUAGACUGAGUUUUUACUUUGCUUUGGGAGGCAACUGCAAAAUGAGCUUCCUGGAACUGCAUAGUUGCUUAAAGGUUCUGGUUGCAAGUGCCCCUUAUUCCACAUAAUUUUAUUUGGCCAUUGAUCAAUUACAUAAAAUGGUGCAGAUACUUUGCAUAAUACAAUCGGUCAACUGAUUCUUGUUUGUAACUCGCUUCCAAAUGCUACGUCGCCAAUUUCUGGUUUCACCAGUGCCACUGAAAAUGUUGUAACCUCUUUUUAAAAAAAACUUGCAGUCUUUUUUGGGCUAUAUCAAAUCCAUCCUAAGUGCUAUUAUGUGCUGGAGAGUUUUGUCAACUUCAGCUCCUAUGCCAGUGCCUGCAGAUGCAUCCCCUGUCCUGAAUGUUUCUGCAGUAGAUUAUAGGAUAAAUCCAGAUGAUCAAAAUAAGCUUUGGGGUCCCAAGCUAGAGAGAGGCGCAAGCAACAAUAAGCUCACACACAUCACCUGGUGCAUGUCAGUACAAUAGAUGGUUAGUAAGAUUGAUGUUGACAGUGCCAAACACCUCUUUGAAAACAAGAGACGGGGAAAGGGUGUGCUAAGAUUCUGUCCAAACUGACAGCCAUGAUCUGACUCUUGCCAGUUCACUGUUGGAAACACCCCUAAGUCUUGCAUCCAGGGACAGAGUCCAAACCACUUCAUCCUCUUGUGCUUUUGCUAUUCCAGAUCCAGCCAGGGAAUCAUGUGCAGAAGAAGUCUUGUCUCCUUAUCUGUAUAGCCCUUAUUCGGUCAGGCUGUUCAUUUGUAAGCUCCAACGGCGAUAAUGUGCUAACAAGGGCAAAGCCAUGGUAGCUUUGUAGCAGCGUUAGUUUCUUAAUUUUACUAGCUUUGGUGAACAAUGUUAUGGGCUUUCUCCCCAAUUUGUUUAACAUCAAGCAGAAAUUGCAACACCACUAAUAGUAAUUUUGCCUGUAUAAUUAAUUGCAUGGUACCCACAUAAAGCUGGUUGACUGAAAAAGGCAAAGAAGCGGGUGUUAGUCUUAGACCAUUCAAACUGAUACUGUGUGAUAGAGAUUUUUUGUGGCAUCCAAAAAACCAGGGAAACCAAGGAGUUCAUUUCCAGGUUUAGCAAUGUUGAUAACACAGCUUUUAAACCGGCAGUUUGCCAGUAAUCUUUCAGCAUACGAUGGGAAACCUGUGUUUUUCACUGGGAAUAAUUAGAAAGCUCUCUCUUGAGAUCCAACUGACUCAUAUUAGUUGUCAUCACUGACCCAUCGCGAUUCCUUCUAAAAUCGUUUCUGCCACCAGAAUUAGUUCUCAAGAACUCGCCAAAGUGUUUUCUGUUUAGUGCUUCUGCAUUUGGAGCAUUCUAGUUUUAAUGCCUUUCUAACACAAAAUCCUCCCUGCAGUCAUGCUUUCAGUGGUUGGGAUCCAGGGAGCUCCAGGCAAGCGCCGGAAGUGGGGGGAUUCCCCUGUUCUUCAUUGACAUGGUUACAGAGAGUAUUCUUUAGGAAACCGUAACCUAUUAAGAGUGGCUUUUUUUGUGGAGGGAGGGAGCUAAGGGAAUAAGGAGCUGCUUUGGGAAGGGGGGUCCUGAAAGUCGCAGUGCACUCUCUUCAGACCCCUAUAACCUUCCCUCCCCCUUUUCUUAUAAGGCUCGGCUGGCCCAGUGCCUUGAGAUGUGUACACAUUCAUAUGUGUUAACUGCUAGCAUGGGAGUGCAAUUAGCUUGCUGCCAUGGCUUCAGGCAAACUUAAUUGUAAGCCGAAGAAAUGUGGUUUUUUUUUAAUUAAAAAAAAAUUCUGUGAAUUAUAACAUAAAUCAGUAAAUGGCAAGAUAUUGGCACUGUGUGGCCCAAACCCAAGCUCUCUUUGUUUUUCCAAGAAAUCUCUGCCGGACAUUAUAUCUUAAAAUGCUAAAUCAAGCAAGGCCCGUUUUAGUUUGUCACAGUUCAGUGCAGGUUUUGUGCCUUGACAUCCCCACAGUGUCCACAUUAGACUUGUGGGUUUAAAAAAAAACUUUUUCUAGAAAUCCCAUUUAUAUAUCUAUAACUAUAUAUAAUCCUGCCAAAACAUUUUAUGAAGAAUUUUCUUUGGUUGUGGAGAAACCAUAUUCAAAUUUCUUCUUAGUGUCUCCAUGCUUUCCCCCCCUUUUGAAUGAUUGUAAAUAUUUGAGUAUUUAUUAGAUUAGUGCAGUCCUCAUCUGAGCCAAAUGUCGCCUCUGUGCAAUGUUCCCUCUCUUCUUACUAUGUCAUGUAAGAUUUUUUGUACAGCAGCUGAAGUAAAACGGAUUGAUUUCUCUAAACUUUUUUUUGUAGAAUUGACUUUGUUAAAUACUGUAGAUUCCCCUUUUCUUUGUAAUUAAUGCACUCUACUGUUCCAUAAUGCUGUAACUUGUAGAAAUGUUGUAUAUUUAUUUUCUGCUUAUUUAAGUUCUUGUAAAGUCUUCCCCCCCUUUGAAUUGUACUUAGUGUAAAUGGAAAUAGUGAUUGAUCAGUUUAGAGCACUGUCUACUAGUUUAUUGCUAUUUUAGAUGUUGUUUAAACCCCUUGAUUUUCUAUACCGUGUCUCUUGCCCAUCUUUCUCUGUCUUGUUAAAAUAAUUGAAAUAUGAAGUGAAGGCAGGGAUCAGUUUGAUUGGGAAGGGCUUUUACAUGUUCAAGGGCCACAUCCAGCACUGCAUUUGUGGCUUUUAAAAGGAGUUAGUUCCAAAUAACUUUCUGAGGACCGAAGGCAGAUUACAUAUUGGUUUUGAUAAAGCAACAUGCAGUGCUCUGAACUGGUCAGUCUUUUAAAAAUGUCCAGGGAGCUUCCUCGGGACACCUACUCACAGCAUCCCCUCUCAAAAGUAGAUUUUUGUUGCAAAUUCAUUAGGUGCCAGUUCACAAUCUUGGUGCUUCCUGUUUCUUCCUACAAUUGUGCUUACAUUUAAGGGCCGUUAAGAACUUGUCCCUUAGCCUCAGUUUACGUAGCACAGGAUAUGACUUGUUACCUCAUAAAUAAGAAGUACCUGCAGUUUAUUCAAGAACUACUAAAUUUUUAGUGGAAGAGAGACAUUUUGCACCCUGGUUUAUAGACCACUAGUUACUGUAUGACAGCACCAUAACAUCAGGUACAAACAUCAAUGUAGCACUGAUCUUGUACUGAUUAAUCACUAACAUGUUUCUUAGAACCCAGCAUUUUUAUGUAGCAUUUUUAUUGCAGUUUCCCUGGCUUACUUGUGUUUUGCACUGAUGAAAUUUUGACAGGGUAAUUGCCACUUUACUUGUGCAAUACUGCUGUAAAUAACCGCAGAUCUUUUUUUAAGAUACAAUCUUUUAUGUUCUUAAUGAAUUUUAUAUGAAUAAAACUUUCAACUAUU